GCCGAGCGCGGGAAAAGUUUCAAUCCGGUUUGGCGGCCGCGGCGCCCGCUUGGUCCCUCAGAACUCGAAGCGGCCGCCGACCCCGCUUUCCUUUUCCCUCCGGGCGCCCGGAGGUGCCCCAGGGAAACGCAGCUCACGUCGCCGCCAUGUCCGAGGCUUAUUUCCGGGUGGAGUCGGGAGCGCUGGGGUUUGAGGAGAACUUUCUCUCCCUGGACGACAUCCUCAUGUCCCACGAGAAGCUCCCGGUGCGCACCGAGACCCCCAUACCGCGCCUCGGCGCCUUCUUCCACGAGCGGGCCGGGGGCGCUGAGGCUGACGACGCCCUCCCGCAGGGCUCAAAGCUUGAAUUCCCUCUGUGGCUGGCGAAAGGACUUUUUGACAAUAAGCGGCGGAUCCUUUCUGUAGAACUUCCCAAGAUCUACCAAGAGGGUUGGAGGACCGUGUUCAGUGCAGAUGCCAAUGUGGUGGACCUCCACAAAAUGGGACCGCAUUUCUAUGGCUUUGGCUGCCAACUCCUGCAUUUUGACAGUCCGGAGAAUGCAGACAUUUCCCAGUCUCUCCUGCAGACAUUUAUUGGACGUUUUCGCCGCAUCAUGGACUCUUCCCAGAAUGCUUACAAUGAAGACACUUCGGCACUGGUAGCCCGGCUCGACGAGCUGGAGAGAGGCUUAUUUCAAACAGGGCAGAAAGGACUGAAUGACUUUCAGUGCUGGGAGAGGGGGCAGGCCUCUCAGAUCACAGCUUCCAACCUCGUUCAGAACUACAAGAAGAGAAAAUUCACUGACAUGGAAAACUGAAGGCCAGAAUGGAUCUUCGAGACUUACCCCUCUCUGUGUCUGAUAGGAGCCUGGUUGACCUCAUAAUGGACCAGAAUCACGUCCCAUCUACUGCCUGGCUUCCUGUAGCUGUCUCGGAAGUGGUAUCUGAUUAGGAAAGGAUGUCCCAGAGGAUUUUCCUAGCUCUGAUUCUUCCAGGACUAUCUUGCCUUGCUGACCUGUGGUCUAGACCUACUUAACCCAAGAACCCAGAGUUGAGGAGAAAUCAGAGUCCUCCAUGAGUACGGAUCCUUGAUCUAAACAUCACAAUAGUGUUGGGAUGGGGGCCCCUGUGUGUCAAAUGUCCUGACUCACUGACUCCAAAGGACAGGUGAAACUCAAGCCAUCUUAGUCUGUUCUCUAACUGUUCUCUUGAGCCAAAUUGCUUAAGACUAAAGCUUAAUCUUCCUCAUGGUUGCACAAAGGACAGUACCCUCAGAAUGCUGGCCUUAAUUUUAAAUAUCUCCUGCACCUGUCUGUGGGGAGUUAUCUCACUUUUGCAUAAGUCACCCCAAGAAUAGGGAAUGAAAAGGGGGAGUAAAUGAAUGGCAUGACGUUCACUGAAGGGAAGACACUGCUUUUCUUCUCUCUCUUCAGGGCUUUGUGAACUGGACUUCAUGUAACUGUAAUUACCUAGAGGCGAAAUGAUUAAACUGAGCUUGUAGAGAGCACCCCCAGUUACUCCAUCCCCCUCCUAGAAAAGCUGUCAGGGAGUCAUUUGGAAUUGCAAAGUAGUUAUUAAAGGGUGUUAACCAGCCCUUACCCUUAUUACAUCAGGAAAUCAGGACUUAACGGUUGCCAGUGAUGGAGAGUCCUGUUUGAGAAGCUCAGGUGGCCCAUGUCAGUGGGCAAGGAACACCGAAUAUAUUUUGUCAGUAAUUUUUCAACAAUAUUACAUAGAGGAUCCCUGAUCACUUACUGAAAAUCUAUUUGAGCAAAAGCAGAGAACCCUUCCUCUGGAGAUCAAAGCGGGAGCCUCAGGCUGAGAGGACACAGCUUUCCCUGGGACCUGCAGGACUGUUUGAAGGGCAGUUUUCUCCACCCCUUCCCACUUUCUGCAACUAGAAAAUUGUCUGUUGCUGGAAAUUACAGAGAUUUGUGUAUCCAGAUUGUGUAGAUGUCUUGGUGCAAACAAAGAAUGUCAGAGAUGCUUUUAAAAUGCCUGUUUUAUGAUGGAAUUGAUAUUUUUAUAAUUGCAUUUUGGUGCUAAAUAAAUGAUCCAUUUGCACAUGAAUACUAUGCAAAUACUAUCUCUGAACUCUAGUAGUACAGAUGAUCAUGCAAGGCUAUCAGAAUUUUGUCUCUGAUCGUAUUUAACAAUAACGUCCAAAUAGAUCCAUGUUUCAGCCACUCCUCUUUUGUUUGUUCGGUACUCCUAAUCCCAGGUUCCUUCUCCAGAGGAACCGGCCAUGUACUGGGAAGGUGGGGCUUCCAUUACUACCACAGCACUCGCCUUUAGCCAAGGCUCCCGGAAAUA